GCAAUAGGUGCCCUGCACGUCCUUGCUUUGUGUGUGAGACAGUGAGAGAGAGAGAGGGAGGGAGGGAGGGAUCAGAGGGAGGAGAAUAUGGAUAGGGGAGUCGUCCACAAAUCAUCGGCGGCUCUAGUGCGCGAGAUGGGGGAGGCAGGCCAUAGCCAUGGAUGGUGGAGCAUGAAUAAUUUGCUGAGGCCCCCCUUUGAGCAGCAGCACCACGCUUCUCUUUUCAUGCCGUCCACAACCACCAGCAGCAGCACCGCCGCCGCCGCGCCCUCUUCUUCUUCGUCGUCGUCGCCGCCUCUCCAAUCCUUCUCCUCUCUGCUGCUCUCGAACCACUACCCGCUGCCUACCACCACCAGCACGUCGCCGUGGCAGCACGACACCAGCAUCACAAGUAGCCAUGGCCAGCCGGAUUCUUGGAGCCAGCUCAUACACAGCAAGGAAAGCCAGCAGAUGGCGUUUCCAACUACGAUUUGUUCGGAAUCCGGAGGCGGCGGCAGCAGCUACGUCGUCUACGGUGCCGCAGCGGCUAGCCAUGGGAGCAGCACAAGUGAUGUCGAGAUCCAGUUGCCAUGGGGAAGCAGCAGCGUACUCCAGCAGCAGCAGAAAGCGUCCUCUCCUAGGUCUUCUUCCAGAACCACAGCGACGACGACCUCUCCCGGAAGCAACAUGCUGGAGUUCUCCAACAACAGUAGCAGUUCACCACGUGAGUGCAUCAGUACAGUAUCUGGAUCAGCUUUCAAGAAGGCUAGGACCCAAGAACCCUCCCCGGCUCAAUCUACUGUGAAGGUGAGGAAGGAGAAGCUAGGGGAUCGAAUAACUGCUCUCCACCAGCUUGUCUCCCCGUUUGGAAAGACUGACACAGCGUCUGUACUCCUUGAAGCCAUUGGGUACAUCAGAUUCCUCCAUAGUCAAAUUGAGGCUCUGAGCUCCCCGUACGUGGGCGGCAGCAAUGGAGGUGGGGGCGGCUCCAAGCAGAAUCAGCAGCUCCACGAGGCUAGUGCGCAGAGAGAAAGCAGGCACAGCAUAUUUCCAGAAGACCCUGGCCAGCUCCUGCAUGACAGCAGCGCAAUAAAGAAACGGGCCGGACUGCAGCCUGCUGAUGGUGAGCAGGAUGAAGAAAGCUGUGAUGAAGAGAAGAAGAAGGAUCUGAGAAGCAGGGGCCUGUGCCUCGUCCCGGUGAGCUGCACGCUGGACGUGGGUGUGGACGUGGUCGCUGGCCCCGCAGACUACUGGGCGGCAGCUGCGCCGGCUUUCGGCAUGGGGUUCGGUGCGUAGAUGAUGCUGGCCAGGACGUACGAUCGAUGCUGUGAGGAACACUUGUGUGUGUCUGUGUGCGCCAUAUGCAUGUAUGGGCUGCACCUGCAUGCAUAGCAUCAGGAGCAGCCAUCCUGGUGGAAGCUGGAGAAUGCUCAAGAAGGCUGGCUCCUCUUGAUGCUAUAUAUGCGUAUGGUAUAUGGUGCACACACCGACAAUGCAUGCAUGGGCAUAUAUUAUAUAGCUACAGAGACGCUGAGAGUAUAUGACUUGCGUUUCUGUGUUUGUGUGUACGUGAUGAGAUCUUGUCUAGCUAGCUAGAGCGAGAUCAAACAAUUUGGGUGCCAUGGAGAGGGGCGCUAUAGCUGCAGAUAUUUAAUUGUUAAGGCUAGGAGUACUGCGCGCGGAUCUGUAAGCAAUGCAACUCUUUUAAGUCUUCGUCAUUGAGGCGUCACUGUGUGCUAUAUAUAUAUGCAUGGCCGAAAUGUGUAAUAAGUUUGUGCGUGCAUGCUAUUUUCCCCAAAGUUUGAUCAA